AAAGUGUCGGGGCUGCUUCAUUUCUCCACAUGCAACAUCUAUGUACAGUGUGAUUGUGCACACGGUAAAGACGAACAAGCAUACGAACGAAACGACAGAACGAACGAAUGGGCGAGCAAGUGUAUACCGAGCCGGAUAUAAACGUUCGUUGGCAAUAUAGGUGCAAUAGCAAGCUAUACGGAAAAUUGUCUUUCUGUCGCACGAGCGACACACCGCUCGUGUUGAAUUUCCAUUCAAUUCGCCACAGAAUUGAAAAUUAUGACGACGCACACCAACCAUACGAAUGAAACAUUUUGCUGUUUUAACAACAUCCCAAACAGUUUGAAUAUGAACGUUGAACGGGUAACAGUUUCAAUGUGAUGCACUCUCGAAACAUUUUCAAUUUCAAUUCAUAUAUAUUCAAAUGUUACGUACUAGAACUAAUAUCCGAAUCACGUAUACCAUAAACUAACCAAUUUAUUUUUGAUUGCUGCAUUUUAAUUACAUCUAAAUGUAUAUACAAAUCUAUUUACUUCACAAUUUCACAUACAUUCGUAAGUCAAAAAGUUUAAAACAAGUGAAAAAUUGAUGUACAUGUAAAUAUGAUUUUGUAUUUUUCGUUAAAGUAAACGUUUCGCGCUACAAACAGUAAUUUUUCUGCAAAAUGACAUAGAAUAAGAAAGAGAGUGGACGAGAGAGAGAGAGAGUAAAAGAGAGAAAGUGACAGAAGCAGAAAGUGAACAGUGCGAAGCAAUUUUAUACAAAUUAAUAUAACGUUUAAUUAUUUAUCAUUUUGAAGACUUAUCCGCAAGACGCGCCAGAAGUUGGAAAUUGAUUCUUAUGUACAAGUAAAUAACAACAUAAUUGAAACUCAAUUCGGGUGUAUUACACACAAAUAACUUAUCGUAACAAAAAAAAAAUCAACACUUAACGUAUUAGCAGUUGAGAGAAAAAAGGAAAUUGUUUUGUAAAAUCAUUGUGAAUGACACUGUGUGUGUUUGUGUUUGUGUACAAAGUGAACUAAAUUACAUAGUAUAAAACCCAAAGAGCACCCGGUCCCAUGAAUAUCAACACAGGCAAAAAAACUGCUUUCGAGAUUACAAUAUAAACAAUAAAACGUGACAUUUUCAAGUACUGUGCUCAGCAUCCAACAAACCGGAAGCGCACUCACUGACGACUUUGCUGUCCACUCCAAUUUAGCAAACUGGGUACACAUGGAAGUCCAAGGCGUAGAAAUGCUGGUCACGAUCCACCAGUAAAACAUUUAGGCCUCGGAGAAGUGAAGCGAUUUACUGGAGGAAUGCACAAUACAGAAACUCUACCUGUUACUGACAAUGGAAUUGGCGAUCACCAUCAGCACAACAAUCAUCACCAAUAUCAGCCGUUGGUUCGUCAUCAAGCCAAAGUGGAUUCGCAUAAAUCAGUUUGCGUAAAACCUUCGUCGCAAUUGUCAUCGCCGUCAACACCUACAUCCAAUAUUCCAUCGUCAAAUGUAUGCACUUCAUCGUCGGUUACGCUGUCGACGUCCAGCAAUAGCGCAGGACUACCAACAGUAUUAUCAAAUCAAAACACCACACUGCUUUUGAGUGGCGGUGCCAGUGCAAAUGGUAAUAACAACAAUCUCACAAGCUGCAACGGGGUACGAGAAUGUGCCGGCUGCUGUAAACGCAUCACCGAGCGAUUCCUAUUGAAAGCUUUAGAUUUAUACUGGCACGAGGAUUGCUUAAAAUGCGGAUGCUGUGAUUGUCGAUUAGGUGAAGUCGGGUCCACUCUUUAUACCAAGGCAAAUUUAAUUUUAUGUAAACGGGAUUAUCUUAGACUAUUUGGCACUACGGGCUACUGUGCUGCCUGUACCAAAGUGAUACCUGCAUUUGAAAUGGUGAUGCGGGCAAAAAGUAAUGUAUAUCAUUUAGAAUGUUUUGCUUGUCAGCAGUGUAAUCACAGGUUUUGUGUAGGUGAUCGUUUUUAUUUGUGUGAGAAUAAAAUUUUGUGUGAGUACGACUACGAGGAAAGAUGUGUGUUUGCUAAUAUGGCGUAUAAUCCAUCUAGUCUGGCGCAUAUUCGGAGACAAGUGAGCAGUUUACAGCCAGCAGGAGACAGUGGUAUGAAUAAGAGGAACGGUGGAAAUAUUGGCAUGAGCUGCGGUAAUAAUGGUAGUCGUUCGAGCGUUGCAUCGAAUUUUCAGCAUCCAAUUAUAUCAUGUUUGAACGAAGUAAAAGACCAGAAGAACCAACAUCAACCAUCCCAAAAUCACAAUUACAACAACGUAAAUCAUAUGUUACAUUCACAAAAUCAACAGCAUCAGGUGCAACAACAACACCAUCGUGACAGUGGCUACGGAAGCAGUCCGGAAACCAAAAUCACCGAAUUUGACUCACAAGUGCAUUGAUAUGAAGAUAUUUUCUCCAUUGGUAUCGAUUCGAACCGGACAUACAAUUGACGAAUUCACAAUCCAUAUGAUCUGUAAUGAUUAUAAAUAAAUCAGAUUACACAGUAUGGUGAAAGACUACACUGUAGCUCCAUUAAA